AUGUCAACAAUAGGUUCUACAACACUUCAAAGAACAACAGCACCAAACUCGUUAGUCAUGAAUCCAACAUCUAUGUUAGUAGAGAUGAAAAGCUUCAUUCCUUCUUCAUAUACUUUUGAAACAGAAAUCCAGAAGAUAAAGCAAGAACUUUUAACAUGUAAUUUAGACUGUAGUGCGAAAGAUGAAACAAAUGAAGAAUAUCUUUAUGAAAUGCAGGACCUCAUCGACCAUUUACCCAAAUUGCCUGAAAUUCAGCAACAAAAACUAACUAUUCCUGAAUUCGACGAAAUAGAAGUCAAAGCAACUGACUCAGUAGAAAUAAAGAAGUUCAUACGAAAGGUAAACUAUGAGUUUCUAGGAUUUCAUUGCAACCAUAAGGUUAUGGACAAAGAUUGCGACAUAGUAUAUAAGAAUGUUUCUGACAUAUAUAAAUCGGGGGAGUUUAAGACCUACGACAACUUUGUUUCGUUAGUUGCUGAAUGUGUAUGGCAGAUAAGAGAUAAAGAUAGAAGAUGUAAAGUAUGGAACAAACAGAUAAAACCAGCAACUUUUGAGAUGAAGAGAGCAAUUGACGCUUUAGUUGUUUUAGCAGGUAAGGUUUCAGAAUAUAACGCAAAAAUGAACCCGCAAUGUUCUAAAUGUAAAGCAGCAAUGAGGAAAUAUAACUACUCCGUCAAAGAGAUAGAAAGAAUGAGAAACGACUAUGCAGACUUAAAGAAAGAAGCAGAGAAGCCGGUAGAAAAAUAA